GAUCACAACCAUUAAUUUCAAAGAUUGUGGUCCCAUCAAUAAAAUAAACGGCCAAGAUUCCAAAUUCUAAUAACAAAGUUACGAAAACAAACCAAUUAUUAUAUAGAGAAGCUUUGGUUUCUCUCUUGCAGUAUUGUUUCUGGUACUUAAGAACAAAAAAAGAGAGGAAAAUAGGGAUCAAAAGCAAGAAAUUAGUAUGGAGAGCUUGAAGAUUGCGAUAAUGGUGAUGUUUUUGUUAAGUAGUGUGAAUGGGGCAAAUUUAGCAGAAGAUUGUAGUGCAGAUUUGCAGAAGGUGACGCCAUGCUUGAACUACGCGACAGGGAAAGCGAAUACGCCGACAAAAGAUUGUUGUGGUUCAGUGAAAGAAUUGAAAGAGAGUGAUCCAAAGUGUUUGUGUUUUAUGAUUCAACAGACUCAUAACGGUAGUGCACAAAUCAAGAGUUUGGGUAUACAGGAGACUAAGUUGCUUCAGCUUCCUUCUGCUUGUCAGCUCCAAAAUGCCAGUAUUAGCUUCUGCCCUAAGCUUCUUGGCCUAUCUCCUAGCUCCCCAGAUGCUGCAAUUUUCACAAAUGCUACUGCAUCAUCAUCAUCAACUCCAACUUCUUCAACUGGAACAUCGACACCGGAGAAAUCUGAUGACUCCAGUGGAACCAACCAUGGAUCCGGUCCUUUGGCGAUUGCUGCGGCCAUUUUUAUCUACUCUUUCUCUACCGUAUCUACUUCUAUCUUCUAACUUCUAGGCUUGAAGUUGAAGGUGAAAGCCACCAAAUGAGAAAGGCUGAAAUGUGGUGAAGCUUGGUUUUUCCUUUUCUUAUUGUUGUUUUCUUAAUUUUCAAAGUACUUUUCUGUGCUUUUAUUAUUGUAUUAUUAACUUUUCCAUGACAUGGUUUGUGGUUUAGGCUAUUUUCUUUAAAGCUUUCCAUGCAUGCCUUUCAUUUCA